UUCUUUCUUUCUUUCUUAAUCUGCGUCUGCUCUUGCCCUGCCUUCUUUAUUCUCAGCUUUGCCUUCGUCGCCUUUUUUUAUUGUUCUUAGAUUCUCCACCUUUGAGUGAACCAUCCAUGACGCUUGGCUCAGGAGGAUCCAGUGUCGUGGUGCCUCGAAACUUCAGAUUGCUUGAGGAACUUGAACGUGGUGAAAAAGGUAUUGGGGAUGGAACUGUAAGCUAUGGAAUGGAUGAUGGAGAUGACAUCUACAUGCGUUCCUGGACUGGCACUAUAAUUGGCCCUCACAAUACUGUACAUGAAGGUCGCAUUUAUCAAUUGAAGCUGUUUUGUGAUAAAGAUUAUCCAGAGAAGCCACCAAGUGUUCGCUUUCAUUCACGGAUCAACAUGACUUGUGUUAACCACGAAACUGGAGUGGUGGAACCAAAGAAGUUUGGACUUCUUGCAAAUUGGCAGCGAGAUUACACUAUGGAGGAUAUUCUGACACAGCUGAAGAAGGAGAUGGCAGCCCCACACAACCGGAAACUAGUCCAACCUCCAGAGGGUACCUACUUCUAGCUUUAAAGGUCAUAUAGGUAUAUAUGUAUAUCAUAUUGCUUUUGCAAUAUGCAAUAUAUAGUUUGUACUCCUGUGUUAAUUUGGUGAAGUUUGGAACAUACAGGGGAAUGCCCAAAAAAAGCUUUCUCCAGUUAUCUCUCCAUGGCUUCAUUGUCAUUUUGUUUUCUCUUAUGAAACUCUGUUCAUGGGAUGCUGUUUGAUUAAUGGGAUUUAUCCGUGUGUCUAAUGUUUAAAGUAUCUACCAAGUAGUAUUUUCAGCUCUA